AAUCGCCUCUCAGUCCCAUUCCUCCUCGUCAUCGUCCUCCUCGUCAAAUUCUCAUUCGCGUACCCGAGCAAAGCUGGACACCGAUCGUAGGGGACGUAAGACCCGAAGGAAAAAUGAUCGUCAAAAAUGCACCAGCCCAUCCUCCACUUCAUCCUCCUCCUCCUCUUCACCCCCAGUCGUCUAUGCUGCUGCUAAACUUGACAGCCUCGUAGGUCUGAGUCCCGUGAAGUCACAGACUGCCGCUUUUUUGCCUGUACUCAGCAGCGAGGCCUCUUCGACCAGCACUUGUUCCACUGCUUUAGACGCGGAGCCCAGCCUAGCAGGCGAUCUGGCUGCCAGUGGGCCUCGAACUCUGCGUCUUGCCGUCUGUCCUAUGGCCGGUCACUCAGCCGGGCCUCAGCUGCCUCUUCUUCAGAAGCCUUCUCCUUCCCCACCACAGUCAUUCGCUUCGUCACAGUCGCCUGCCAUCCUGACACCAACACCAUUACAAUCUCUUCCUUCUUCUUCUUCUCCUCCUCUUCCUCCUCUUCCUCCUCUUUCUCCUCCUCCUCCUCAUCCUCCUCCUUCUCUUCUUCUUCCACCACCACCACCACUACCGCCACUCCUUGGCUAUCCAGGAAGAUCGAUGGUACACAAGUCGGAAGCGGACAGUUCCGCUAGGAAUCAGGUGAGAGGUAGCUAG